AUGGACCCCGUAUCGGCUUUCGGGCUUGCGGCCUCAGUCGCCCAAUUUGUAAUGUUCACAUCGACCUUGAUCUCACAGGGCACGGAGAUAUACCGCUCCUCAAGUGGUCUCAGCAGCGACGGCUCGACUAUUGAAGCAAUAUAUGGCAGACUACACGAGUUGAGCAUGGCCUUGGAUACGCCAGCGCACGCUAUAGUUUUUGAUGGUGGCCAGUGCAUGAGACAGGUUGAAACGAUAGCCGAGCUAUCCAGGGUUUGCAAGGCAGACUGCGCACAAUUGCUCGGUAUCGUCGCAUCACUCAAGGUCGAAGACGGCUCCAGGAGCAAAUGGAAAAGCUUCCGGGCAGCGCUGAAAGCGCACUGGAAAAAUGGAGAAAUUGCCAAGCUGGAAGACCGGCUGGAGAAGACACAGACAACUCUGACGCUCCAGAUUUGUACAAUUUCAAGCCAUUACCACGCCAUGCACGAACGAACCCUGAGACAGAUGCAGACGGAAAGUGAGCGGCUGAGAGUCGACCACACAUGCAGGUUAGAAGAGAUUCAGGAUGUCCUGAAACAAAUAGAAGAAAGGGUUCGGGUCACGUUGAAACAGCCUGAGAAAUCUCCGUUUUCGCCUAUGAACAUUGGUGAAAUCGAGAAACAACUGUCGUCUCUGACUAUCACUGAGGAGGAUAUCAACAAGCAGCAGUCAAUACUCCGGGGCUUAACUUUUGAGCGCCGCACUGCCAGACAUGCCGAUAUCACAGAUGCUCACAGGACAACCUUCGAAUGGAUGUUCAAGGAGGAUGGGGUCUGUGAAGGCAACUUUUUAGAUUGGCUGAAGCGUGGCAACGGUAUCUUCUGGGUGUCUGGCAAGCCAGGUUCCGGCAAGUCUACACUCAUGAAGUUCGUCGCCGAUCAUCACCGCACCGCUCACAUUCUAUCGACUUGGUCUUACCCGAAACCCACCUAUGUCGCCAGCCACUACUUCUGGAGCGCGGGUACUGCCAUGCAGAGAUCCCAGCAGGGUCUUCUACAAACGCUACUCUAUGACAUAUUUCGUCAGUGCCCGAAUUUGCUGGAAGUAGCCUGCUCCCGGCGCUGGUCGGAGACGGACCCUGCUAGCUUGUCGCAACCUUGGAGCUUACCUGAGUUACGGGUUGUUUUGAAGGAUGUCGCCGAUCAGACGAAUAUGCCUGGGAAGUUCUGCUUCUUCGUCGACGGCCUGGAUGAGUUUAAAGGAGAACACCUGGAUCUCUGCCAGGAUCUUAAAGACCUCUCCCAGUCCCUCAAUAUCAAGCUGUGUAUUUCAAGCCGACGGUGGAAUGUGUUUGAAGACAGCUUCGCAAAUGACCCAACUAGGAGGCUUUAUAUUCACGAGCUAACCAAUGACGAUAUCCGGAGCUACACAGAGUUCAGAUUGUUCCGGCAUCCGAGAUGGACAACCCUAGAGUCAGAAGUGACUGGUGCCAACUCUCUCAUAGCUCAGGUUACAAAAAGGGCACAUGGCGUAUUUCUCUGGGUAUUCUUGGUGACCAAACUCUUGCGGGAAGGAUUGACGAAUGGUGACAGCUUUUCCGACCUACGCCGGCGACUAGAGAGUUUCCCAUCAGACUUGGUGCCGUUCUUCAAGCACAUGCUAGGGACGGUGGAGUCAUUCUAUCACGAGAAAAUGAGCGGUGUCCUAGCCAUUGCAAUCAAGGCCAAGUCUCCAUUGAACGCCUCAAUCUACCACUUUCACGACUGUGAGUAUGACUCUGUGGACUAUGCCUUGAAAAUAUCGGUGAAAACCCAAAGCGACCAAGAAUCGAAAUUUCAGUAUAAACAGACUAAACGACGCCUGAAUGGUUGGUGCAGAGGAUUGUUGGAGGUGAAGGGAGGCCGGGUGGACUUCCUUCAUCGCACGGUGAUGGACUUUCUCAGAACAGCAGAGAUGUCCGAAUUUCUUCGAUUGAAGAACAGGGCGGGUUUCAAUGCGAACCUGUCGAUUCUCAGAGCUUAUACGGCGUGGAUCAAGGCCACACCAUGUGACAAGGAAAUAUUACGCAUAGGCCCUGGCAAUUAUAACGAUGUUCCCUUGAUAUCACGGAUAAGAGAGGCCAUGGAAUAUGCUUGUGAGUUGGAGGAUGAGACCGAGGUGGAUUCGGACCACACUCAAGCCGAGACUGAACUCCUCGACACCAUUGAAACCGCAGUUUGCACCCUAGAUCAGAGCGCGAAAGGCAGGGCAUUUCCCAUCUCCGAAGGCUUCAAUUCUAACGGUGCACAACUAUUCUUCAGAGAGCACGUCAUUAAGAUCAAACUCCUGAAAUAUCUGUCGCACAAGAUUGGAGAACUUGACUAUUUCGGCGAGUUUGAGACAACGCCCUUGGCUAUAACCAUCCAUUCAGAGCUCUGGGCAGACAAGGAACCGCUACCUUGGACUGAGAAAUGCAUCAAGACGUUAGAGCUACUACUAGCCAACGGAGAAGAUCCCAACGACCAAUUUGAGAUCUAUACGAAGUCCCGUGGUCGACGACUUACCAGGAUGUCAGCCUGGGGCAUGCUUGCUUCCUGGAUUAUUCCCAGCUUAGUUGGAGAGGUAGGGCCGAAGUUCAUUCCAACGCUGCGGAGUGGUCUUUUGUCACUAUUCCUGAGGCACAAGGCCGAUCCGAAUGCCUUAGUCUGGCGACUCGGGCGGGAGCUCACGACGAACGAAAAGUCAACAUACUCCUCGGUCUGGAGAGACAUGGUUCUUGUUUCAUUCCAGAUGCCGUGGGGACUAGAUGCCGAACGCUAUCUUCAGGUUCUUGAUGACUUUCUUAAUGCUGGGGCUAAUUCAGAGCUGGCAUCUUUCGGGACCUUACAGGGUGGCCAGCUUCGCCCGACUAUCAAGGAGACCAUACUGGAGGAGUUCUUUGAGAGGCUAGAAGCCAAAGAUAAGAAAAUACCGGGAGAACACAACCUGCGACUCCUAGCUGCUGUGGCGGACAAGCUGCUGUCAAAGGUUUCGGAAGAGACUCUGAUGAAGAACUACGUUUGGAAAGCCGUUCACGGUUCUUUUCCUGGAGAGUUCGCUGAUCCAAUACGGGACAAAUACUUGUCGCAGAGAAGCGAAUUGUGGAAGACAUACUGGCCAGGGAUUGAUGGAGACUUAGAUGCGACUCAGAGUGUGAAAUCACAGAGAAGGAAAAAGAGGCAACAAGCAGUAACUCUUACUGCCGGGCUAGCUAAGGAGUCAUUUAAGAAACCUAAGAUGUAA